GAGAGCGACACACCCCGCCCCGGACCAGGACUGACACAGGCUGACUUUGACUGGGUUUAGGGCUAGACAGGCAGGCUGGGAGGUGGGAGGAGAGUAGCAGCAGGAGAAGGCAGGCGGCUGCGACACCAGAUCCUGCUCCCAAGCCAUUGUCCUCAUCUCACGGUGGCAGCGCCGCGUUCACAAAGGAAAGUGCCCAGAUUUCACACAACAGUCUCGCAGAGAAGGGCAAAAUGGCCAAGUCAGAAGUGAAAACGUCCCUUCUGGACAACAUGAUCGGGGUGGGAGACUGUGUACUUUUGGAACCUCUCACUGAAGACACAUUCUUAGAAAAUCUCAAAAAGCGCUUUGACCACAGUGAAAUAUAUACAUACAUUGGAAGUGUAGUUAUAUCUGUAAACCCUUACAGACCCUUGCCCAUCUACACUCCAGCAAAAGUAGAAGAAUAUCGCAACAGAAACUUCUAUGAGCUUAGUCCUCACAUUUAUGCAUUGGCAGAUGAAGCCUACAGAUCUUUACGAGACCAGGACAAGGACCAAUGUAUACUUAUCACUGGAGAAAGUGGAGCUGGCAAAACAGAGGCAAGCAAGUUGGUUAUGUCCUAUGUUGCUGCUGUUUGUGGCAAGGGAGCAGAGGUCAAUCAAGUUAAGGAGCAACUGCUACAAUCAAACCCUGUGCUUGAAGCCUUUGGAAAUGCCAAAACAGUGAGGAAUGACAAUUCUUCCAGAUUUGGAAAAUAUAUGGAUAUUGAAUUUGACUUCAAAGGCGACCCACUUGGUGGUGUUAUCAGCAACUAUCUCCUGGAGAAGUCACGUGUUGUCAAGCAACCUGGUGGUGAACGGAAUUUCCACAUCUUUUACCAGCUGUUGUCAGGGAGCUCUGAGGAUUUGCUGAGGCAAUUGAAGCUGGAGAGGGAUUUCAACCAUUACAAUUAUCUGGGCCUGGACUCGGCAGAAGUGAAUGGGUUAGAUGAUGCUGCCAACUUCAGAACAGUAAAAAAUGCCAUGCAGAUUGUCGGUUUCAUGGACGAUGAAGCAGAGUCGGUUCUGGAGGUGGUGGCUGCAGUGCUAAAGCUGGGAAACAUAGAAUUCAAGCCGGAGUCUCGUGUAAAUGGUGUGGACGAGAGCAGAAUCCAAGACAAAAAUGAGUUGAAGGAGAUCUGUGAGCUGCUUGGGCAGGAUCAGACUGUGCUGGAGAGAGCCUUUAGUUUCCGAACUGUGGAGGCAAAACUAGAAAAAGUUUCAACAACACUUAAUGUGGCCCAGGCUUACUAUGCACGUGAUGCAUUGGCCAAAAAUCUAUACAACCGGUUGUUCACUUGGCUUGUGAACAGAAUCAAUGGGAGCAUUAAGGCACAGACCAAAGUGAGAAAGAAGGUGAUGGGAGUGCUAGACAUAUAUGGAUUUGAAAUUUUUGAAAACAAUAGCUUUGAGCAGUUCAUUAUCAACUACUGCAAUGAGAAAUUGCAGCAAAUCUUCAUUGAACUAACUUUGAAGGAAGAACAGGAGGAGUACAUCAAAGAGGGAAUUGAAUGGACUCAUAUAGAGUACUUCAACAAUGCCAUCAUUUGUGAGCUGAUUGAAAACAAUACAAAUGGAAUCCUAGCCAUGCUUGAUGAAGAAUGCUUGCGCCCUGGGAUUGUGACAGAUGAAACCUUCCUGGAGAAGCUUAAUCAAGUCUGUGCUGUACAUGAGCGUUUUGAAAGCAGGAUGAGCAAAAGCUCCCGCUUCCUCAAUGACACCUCUUUGCCUCACAACUGUUUCAGGAUUCAGCACUAUGCUGGCAAGGUGAUGUACCAUGUGGAAGGAUUUGUUGACAAAAACAAUGACCUGUUGUACCGUGACCUGUCCCAAGCCAUGUGGAAGACUAAUCAUGCACUUGUCAAAUCCCUUUUCCCAGAGGGAGACCCAGCUAAGAUGUCUUUGAAGAGACCACCUACAGCUGGGUCACAGUUCAGGGCUUCUGUAGCAACAUUAAUGAAAAAUCUAUUGACCAAAAAUCCCAAUUAUAUCAGAUGCAUCAAACCAAAUGAUCGGAAGGCUCCACUUAUAUUCACGGACGCUCUGGUGUGCCACCAGAUCAGAUAUCUGGGCUUGAUGGAGAAUGUACAUGUGCGAAGAGCUGGCUAUGCUUUCAAACAGCCUUAUGAACACUGCCUGGAGAGGUAUAAGAUGCUGUGCUCACAGACCUGGCCCCACUGGAGGCAAGGCGCAAGGGAUGGUGUUGAAGUGCUGCUGACUGAACUUCAAAUCCCUCCUGAAGAGUUUUCAUAUGGUAGAUCAAAGAUCUUCAUUCGAAACCCAAGAACGCUGUUUAAGCUGGAAGAUCAGAGGAAGAGUCGUUUGGAAGAUUUGGCCACACUUAUUCAAAAGAUCUACCGUGGUUGGAAGUGCCGUACUCACUUCUUGUUGAUGAAAAAGAGCCAGAUCAUUAUUUCAGCUUGGUCCAAGAGAUAUUUUCAACAGAAGAAAUAUCUAAGGCUGAAGAUGGUGACCAUAAUUAUUCAGUCAUACAUCAGAGGAUGGAAGGCACGCAAACUUUUGCGGGAACUAAAACACCAGAAGCGUUGUGAAGAGUCGGCUACAACAAUUGCAGCCUAUUGGCGAGGAACUCAGGCCCGAAAGGAUCUGAGGCAACUGAAGGAGGCGGCUAAGCAUAAAAACGCUAUUGCUGUUAUUUGGGCUUACUGGCUUGGAUACGAGGCACGGAGAGAAUUGAAACGCCUGAAGGAGGAGGCCAGGCGUAAACAUGCGGUUGCUGUCAUUUGGGCUUAUUGGCUUGGACUGAAGGUACGCAGAGAAUAUAGAAAGUUCUUUCGUGCAAACGCAGGCAGGAAAAUCUAUAAUUUUACCAUUCAAAGAAUUAUGCAGAAGUACUUUGUGGAUCUGAAAAAGAACUUGCCUUCACUGUCCCCAACUGAGAAGACUUGGCCAGCGAGGCCUUACCUUUUCCUGGAGAGUACACACACAGAAUUGAAGAGGAUCUUCCAUCUGUGGAGGUGCAAGAAAUACAGAGGUCAGUUCACAGACCAAAAGAAAGCCACUUUUGAAGAGAAACUUGAGGCAAGCGAGCUUUUCAAGGACAAAAAGGCUUUGUACACCAACAGCGUUCCACAACCUUUUCAAGGAGAUUAUCUGGAAAUCAGUAAGAACCCCAAAUACCAGAAGCUAAAUGGUGCAGUCGAAGAGAAGAUACUUCUGGCAGAUGUUGUAAACAAAAUUAACAGAGCUAAUGGCAAGGGAACCCCGAGGAUCUUCUUAUUAACCAAGAGCAACUUCAUCAUUGCUGAUCAAAAGACAGGCCAGAUCAAAUCCACAAUUCCUGUAACGGACAUCACUAGUGUGUCUGUGAGCAAGCAAACAGAUGGACUCUUUGCUGUACACCUCAAAGAGGGUUCCACUGCAGCUGCUAAGGGCGAUUUUCUAUUCACCAGUGACCGUUUGAUUGAGAUAAUCACCAAGCUUUAUCGUACAAUAUUCUUUAAAACCAACCAGAAGAUAGCUGUUGAGAUAAACAACGAAUUUCUGGUUCAGUUCAAUCAGGAUAAAGUCUGCGUGAAGUUUAUUCAGGGAACGCAGAAAAAUGGCAACCUCCCCGCAUGCAAGAGGAAAAAUAAUCGUCUCCUGGAGGUCACAGUUUCUUAACUGCAAAUCCUGACCUUCCUCAGACAAUUUAUUGCUGCACAUAUGGUUAUAUAUUUCUUCAUUAAGUUUCUUCUCCUGAGGCUGUGACUGGCUGAUAAUGGUUAAGUAGUGUAACAAUGAAAUCAAUUUAUUUUCAAGAUUGGUUCUCAAAAUUCUGAAAAUAAGAGUUCCUUUCACAAAUCUCAGGGUAGUUGUUCCUCCGUCACUUUGGAUAAGAAUUACCUGCUUGAUGUGAUAUUGGGCAGUAGAGGCCAAAAAAGUGAUCUUCAUCACUUGAUCAGAAAAGUGAUGCUGAUUUAUGGAUUGAGAUCUGGAAAGAGGGAUUAUUUUGUGGGAGGCUUGCCAUAUACAUAGUGGUCAAAUGGCCUCAUUUAAAUGCCACGUGCUUGUGAUUCUAUCAUUUUGUCACAUGGCUAGUUUAUGUCAGUUUUGGCUUGAAGUUGAACACUACAAUUAGGUAUAUAGGGUGUCUGCUGAUCUCUCGCUGCCAAAGAUCACAUGAACCAAAAAGCCACUUGAGCUUGAUAUUUCAGAGGGCUGAUAUUUCAACCGUUUCUAAUUAGCCAGCACCUUCAGGAGAAAGGGGGAGGUGUGGGAACAUUGGGGAUUCUUGGGAGAAAUCUGUAGAUGGCCAACAUAAGAAAACUCUUAAAUGUAAAAAAGAUUUGGGAGUUUUAAUCAGGUUCGUGAACUUGGACCUAAGCUAGAUGCCUAGGUGUGCAGAACAUUAUAGUUUUAGCUUUCUGCAAGGCAGAAACCAGCAUAAAAUGGAGAAAGUAAUCUGAUUUUUAAAAAGAUAGUGCAGUAAGAAGCCACGUGUGAUUCUAUUGUAACUUUGCAUAUACAAGAGUCAGUUGGUUAUGGGAGCAAACUUUCAGUGAACAGAUAUAUUUGCUGAACUGCAGUAUGUACAGGAAAAUUGCUUGUUUUAAAAUGAAAUACAUUGUAUGUAUUAUGCAACAACAAAAAAACAGGUUUUAAAGCAUUUUGUAAAGGCUAUUUAUGUUAAAUUUCUUUGAGAGUUGCUCAGUACCAGCAUAUAUGCAGAAUGUUGCAAAGCAUCCUGCAGUCCAGCAAGAUUUUUGCCAAGUCACUGUGACUUAUAGAAUUCACACUAUACAGACUUAAAACACUAACCAGAAAUGAAAUGAAAUAUGCUUCAAGAAAUCCUUACAGAGUAAUUUUUGAGGUAAAAAGAUGUAAAUAGAUUAAGACUGAUAUCAUGAUUGUGAUCUAGUUUAAUUGUGAUGUAAUGCUGGUUGCUGUAAUGUUAUAAUCAUAUUUUUGUAUUUAAUACCUCUUAAGAUCAUCCUGCCUGCAAAAUUUGUGUUUCAGACUAUGGUCAAAAUCAAAGUUAAUGCAGCUGAUUUAUUAAUCUUUUAUAAAUUCAUGUGUCUGUGGGAUCUUCUACUGUAAGUGUGAGUAUUCAUACUGAAUGUGUGAUGUUCAACUCAGGCAUUCAGAGAAAUGGUGAGCAUCAUCAAUUAGGAAUUACAGAGAUGGUUUUGGGAUUAAAUAUAUUUUCACACAAGCAAACCAAAAUUAAUGAGAUGCAGAUGCAGAACAUAUUUGAAUAAUAAAGUAAGAGUCUUCCAAAAACAUUUAGAAAAUUUGAGUUUUCUGCCACUCCUUCCUGAAAGAGGACUGUCAUUUCAUGACAAUGUGUGCAACUCAUGAAUGACUGUAUUUCAAUACACUGGGGCCGAUUAAUUUUGUGUAUACGUUACAACCUAAUAAUUGAUCCACUGAAAUUGCAGUCAAGGAAACUUUCAAUAUAUUAGGGCGAACAUAUUUUGUGUGUAUUAAUCCAUGGUUUGCAUUACUGUAAAGUGAAUUGGAGUGCCUCUGAUCUGUGCCAAAUAAGAUAGAAGCAACAAUGGUUUGACAUCAACCCUAUCAUCUGAAUGAAGCAAACUUCAACUUUCCUUGACUACAACUUCCGCACAACAAUUACUAGAUGGCAGAAUGUUAGUCAGAAGGUUAAUACUUCAGUGCCCACACAUGAUAUAGCUGUUGUAAAAAUUCAUGUAUAUUUUAGAAAUCUAGAACACAUACAUUUUAUAGGACAUGCUAUUUAGCAUGGGAGUUUAGUACCUUUUAUGUGAAAAAUAUUCACUAGCAGUUUUGCAUGAACUGUUACAAAUAAUGUUGAGUCAUUGCUGAACUUACUGUAUUAGUUCCUUGGAUGAGAUUACCCAGCAUGAACUGUUCAUCCCUAUAAAAUCCUCAGAGAUAAUAACUAUUUAUAUUAGUUUCCAUUGUGUUUUCCAAAGUUAAGCUAUACAAAUAUAGUUAUUUGCAUGAACCAAUAUAAAACACUUGAAACAAAUUUUUGAAAUUUAUUGUAGAAAUCUCGUGACAUUCCGUACAUGGACUGUUAUGUAACAGAGCUAAUAUGUUGAUGUCCUUUCUCGCCCCUGGAAUUUUGCUUAUGUUUGGAUAUGUUUUACAGAAGAUUUGGAAAAAUCCUUGCAUUAACUUUCAAGCUCAAGUUUAAUUGUCAUUCAGCCAUACAUGAAUGCAGCCAAACGAAACAGCAUUACUCUGGGGCCAAGGUGCAAAAUACAGUACCAACAGUCACACAGAGCACAAGGCACACAUAGUACAGAUAAGACAGCAGGAAAAUACAGUCACACAAAAAGAAAUAUGGUCCAAGUCCCAGAGUCCAUGAAUGUUGCAGCAGUCUGCAGUCGAGCAUAAUACAUCUUGUGUAUGGCCGAAUGGCCACUGGAGAACAGCACCAACUCAAUCACGUAUGCCGUGCCACACUGCCUCAGGCACAUCAACUCCGAUACCUCUCUACUGUGUGGCUGCAUACAGAUAACACCGUUGUUUGAGGCAUAGUCCUGGCUAUGACCAAGGCCACGGAGCUCUGCUGCCAACCAUCCCUGCCAUUCACCAAUCCAAUAACCAAGUGAAGUAGUCUUGGGCAUUCCAGAUUAAUAAUAUCCAACAUGGUCAUGCGAUCACAAGAAAGGUAACUACUAAGAUGAUCACUUGCUGUUAGACUGCACAUCUCCUUCACGCACCCUCUACAACACCUCACUGAUGCAGGUAGCAGCACAACCCACACCAAGUCCAGCUUCUUCAGUUUCUCCACCAACGAGAAACUCGCUGAUGAUGUAGACUUGCAAUACUUCAAGUUAUUAAUGUCCAGCAGAGUCCUUGAG